AUGGAUAAGCUCAAACAUGACGCACGCCAUCAACAGGAUCGCGACGGCGUGGCGGCUCUGCGCCUGGGCGCGUGCGUUGUGUAUUGCAAUGCCACGGCGAACCAUUUGGGGCCGUGCAGCUGCAGUUCCGAGCAUCUGGGGAGUUUCCUGAUCGACGGGCUGGCCUUCCCGGAGUCCUGCGAAGUCGGGCCGCCCCCGCCCCAUUGUGCGCAAAAGCAUAACGGGGCGCAGGUCGGCCGGCCCCGUCUGCUAUUGAUCACCGGCGCGGCGGAAGGUUUGCGCGCCGCCGCCAAAGGCUGUGGGCCGCGGGGCGCGGGGGGAUGCCCCUCUUGU